CCAAACGUUGUACAAACCAAACAAGCACUUCCUCCUAGUUCCCCCAAAGCACCUCGACCCCCUUCCUCUCAUUUCUCUUCCAAUUCCAAUGGCGUUCUCCUCCUCCUCCUCAUCUCCUCUCUCCUUCUUCUUCUUUAUAGUAGUAACUAGUAUGUGCAUUCCUACAGCUUUUGGGGACUAUGGAGGGUGGCAAAGCGCUCAUGCUACUUUCUAUGGAGGGGGUGAUGCUUCUGGCACAAUGGGGGGCGCUUGUGGAUAUGGGAAUUUGUACAGCCAGGGCUAUGGUACGGACACUGCAGCGCUAAGCACUGCUCUAUUCAACAAUGGAUUGGCCUGCGGGUCAUGCUACGAGAUCAGAUGUGAUUCUGACCCAGCAGCAUGCCUACCCGGAACCAUUACCGUCACGGCGACAAACUUCUGCCCUGCUAACCCUGCUCUGCCCAAUGAUAAUGGUGGGUGGUGCAAUCCUCCCCGCCAACACUUUGAUUUGGCAGAGCCUGCUUUCCUGCAAAUUGCCCAGUACCGCGCUGGAAUUGUUCCCGUCGCUUUCCAGAGGGUACCGUGCAAUAAGAAGGGAGGAGUAAGGUACACAAUUAAUGGACACUCCUACUUCAACUUGGUCCUGGUUACCAAUGUUGCUGGUGCUGGGGAUGUUCAAACUGUCGCAAUCAAGGGGUCUAGAACAGGGUGGCAAUCCAUGUCAAGAAACUGGGGCCAAAACUGGCAGAGCAAUUCCUACCUGAAUGGCCAGACUCUUUCGUUCCAAAUCACCACCAGUGAUGGCAGAACACUCACCAGCUACAAUGUUGCACCUGCAAAUUGGCAGUUUGGGCAAACAUUUGAGGGGGGCCAGUUCUAAAUUUCAGAGGAAGUGAAGCUUUUGAUCGACGGAUAGUGAUUGUUGGUUUCCACCGUCUUUGGAAAACAAUAUUAAUAUUAGGCUUUUCGUUUUGUUUGUAUAUGGCAUUAUAAAAGGGGUGUGUAGGUUUGGAAGAGGAGGUUCAGGGCUUUUGGCUCUAUUGCUGUGGUGGCUGGUUAAGCACCCGCUUAGGCCUACCUAUAUAGCGCGACAUAUUUAAUCCAUCAUAUAAUAGGAGUGGAUUUCAUAUAUAUGUUUAGGUUCUUUUUCACAUUUUUUUUCCCCCACAAGUGAUAUUCAAUCGGUGGCUAUAUAGAAUGUAAGCCGGUUGAAGCUUGUAGGAUUAAGUGCAGUUGCCGGAUUGAGGCAGGCAAAUAUGAUUGAAUUAUCUUUUUCUUCGCUCAA